AUGGUCCAGAUUGGCUUCUUCCGCUACCUCCGCCUCAAAGUCACCGUUGUUUUGAUGCGACUCAUCACGUGGUGGCGACAACCCAAAGCGAAUCUCUCUCUACCAACUGGCCUCGAGCGAAAAGCAAUUCGCAUUCCGUCGCGUGAUCCAGCUCGCUUUAUUAAUGGAUGGCUCUACUCACCAUCUGCUGACGGCAUCCCUUCGUCGGCUACAAAGAAGCCCAUCAUUGUGAACUGGCACGGGAGCGGGUUCGUUCUUCCAAGUCUGGGUAGCGACCACGACUUUUGCGCUCGCGUUGCAAUAGAGACUGGUUUUGUCGUGUUGGAUGCGGAUUACCGCAAGGGGCCCGAGGUGCCAUUCCCUGGAGCCGUUCAUGAUGCCGAGGACACCUUGAAAUGGGUAGCAAGCCAGCAUCAAGAGUUCGACCUUGAACGCGUGGCUGUCUCGGGAUUUAGUGCCGGCGCAAACUUGGCUUUGGUGGCAUCAUCGUACUUGAAAGAGAGUUAUCCCACCCUCAAUAUUCAAGUCACCGUCGCAAUAUAUCCUCCUGUGGACCUGUCUAUUGAUCCCGAAGCGAAAACCGUCCCUCAUCCUAUACGACCAAUUCCAGCAGCUGUGGCGCGUAUAUUCGACGCGUGCUACAUCCCAGACAACUCAUUGCGAUCAGAUCCUCGCAUUUCCCCUACAUUUGCGGAUCCUACACUUUUCCCCGAGGUGGUUGUUAUUUUGACCUGCAGCGGAGACACUUUGGCGCCAGAGGGAAACGCGAUGGCCGCUAAGCUUCAGAAUGGAAAACGCCGGGUGAUUAAUCAGACUUUGGAGGGUGUUGGCCAUGCAUUUGACAAGGGUGUUCGCGAAGGAACCCAUGAAUGGGAACAGCGGGAACUGGCGUACUCAACAUCCAUAAGAGAGCUCAAAUCCGGACUAGGCGUGUAG